CACCAUGAAAACAGCUCCGAAAAACUUACCAAAAUAAGACCGUUGAAAAUAUUUUACAAAAGUAAAAGGGCAGGAAAAUUAGCCUUUUUCUACGUUUAUACAUAUUUGGUAAAAUUUCCAAACCCAAGUAUUUGUAUCCAGGAACAGAAGCUAGCAAUCCAAGUGAAGUAAUCAUGUUUAAAAUGAAACGAACGAGAGUAAUCAGACGCAAGGCAGCCAUUAUCAGGGCUUCAAAGAGGGCCUUCCAGGAAAAGAUUCGCAAACAGAUGGAAUCGUGUGGCGUGACUCAAAUGGGAAACGCAUCAACGCAACAGUCGAAUGUGCCGAUGGAUGUGGAUGCGGAUAUGGGACGCAAAAUGUCGGAAGAUGGAAUGACUGAUACAUCGAAUACGGUCAAACAGCCAUCCUGUUCCAAGGAUCAAAAGCAAUUGUCGCGAAAACAAAAGCCAUCCCCAUCCUACAACCACCAGGAGCAGAUCGAACAAAGAGCAAAGCGACCAAAGAUAUGUAAAAAAAGGUGCAAACAGAAAAGACGAAUGCCAUCAUCGCUCUCCGAUGAUGGAAUUGCCGGCAGAAAGCCGGCCAAAAUUAAUAAGUAUAGCGAACUUAGCUACGGCAGCGAAUCCAGCAUGCCGUUCGAAAUGAAACAGCAGAGCAAUGACAAUCAGAAUAACAAUGACAAUGCUGAGGGUAGUGGAUUUGAUCGACAGGAGAGCGCCAACGAGUAUGUUAUCGGUGGCUAUCAUCCGGUGGCCAUUGGCGAUGUAUUCGUAAACCGCUAUCAUGUCUUCAAAAAGCUGGGCUGGGGUCACUUCUCCACCGUGUGGCUAUGCUAUGAUACCCAGAUGGAUCGCUACUGUGCCGUCAAGGUGUCCAAGUCGGCGCAGGUCUACAAGGAAACUGGUAUCGAUGAGAUUAUGCUCUUUUCCCAAAUGAGCCUACACGAUCAGCAUAAGUACAGAAGCCACGUGGUCGGUUUCUACGAUUUCUUUGAAAUUACCGGACCGCACGGAAGGCACAUUUGCCUGGUCCUAGAGGUUCUCGGUGACAAUUUGCUAAAAGUCAUCGAAAGAUGCUUUUACAAAGGUAUGCCCAUUUCCAAUAUCAAGCAAAUUGCCCAGCAGGUGCUCACGGGCCUAAAGUUUCUGCACGAAGAGUGCGGGAUCAUACACACCGAUCUAAAGCCGGAGAAUGUGCUCCUCGCGUCCAACGAGGUGUCCGUUCGGACCGAGAUCAAGACGGCAAUUGAAGUAUAUUUGAAGGCCAACGAGGGGAAACUAAGUCCUAGCUCCAAGAUGACCAAAACGGCCAAGAGACGGAUGCAGGCAAAGUCCAAGAAGGUGAUAUCGUUUUUCAAGAAUCAUCGCCGCAUGCUCCGCAGGCAGGGCAUCGAGGAUCUGCUCUAUCUGGCCGAACGUGGCCUCAUCGAACCGAUUACCGCCGCCAUGGCCGUCUCCGAUAACUUACCAUUCAUUCCCUUCGGCUUCGACGGGUUUAUGAUGAUGAGCGAUGCCGAUUGCCGUACGGUGCAGAAUUCCAAGUUGCCCGAAAUGGAGGGCAUGGAAUACAAAUGCGACAGGAUAAACCUGUGUUUAAAGAGUCCAGAGCUCUUCUUGCGAUAUGUGCUCGAUAUUAUCAAGAAUUUGGAUGAGAAGGAGCUUAGCACUCAGGACAAGCGGAGGCGCUUCACGCAGGCCAGUGGACGUGGCCAGACCAAAAAGAAUGCCAGGUCCCGAUUGAGAUUGGCAUCGAAUGCUGCAUAUACGACUGGAACCGGUUGGCGAUCGAACAGAAAAAUCAAUUUGAACGAUAUUUACCCCAUCGAUCCGGCCAACAACGAAUGCGAUGUACGGGUGAAGAUAGCCGACUUGGGCAAUGCGUGUUAUUUCCAUCAUCACUUCACCGACGACAUCCAGACCAAGGAGUACCGGGCCUUGGAGGUGAUACUCGGUGCGGGAUAUUGCGAGACCGCCGAUAUCUGGAGCGUGGCCUGUCUGUUGUGGGAGCUGGCCACCGGGACCUAUCUAUUCGAUACCCAUUCGAAAAGGGGCAAAUACAAUCUGGAUGAGGUCCAUAUAGCGAAAAUCGUCGAAACCUGUGGUCGCAUACCGUGGUAUCUCAUCCGCAAAGGCAAACACUCGAGGAAUUUCAUCAAUAGCGCCGGCAAACUAUGCAACAUAGAAACCCUGAAGCCCCUUAAACUGGCCAAUAUCUUAAUCAGAUGGUACGGAUGGAGGACUCGCCAAUCCACGGAAUUCGUUAAUUUCCUGAUGCCCAUGCUGCAGACCAAUCCUUUGUCUCGCAUAUCCGCAAGCAAAGCCUUGGAAAGCCACUACUUAUGCAACAUUGCUCUUCCUGGCAUUGACAUUGACAGUUACUACUAUUAUAGUGUACGUGAAAUCAAGGACUGCACACAUACCAAGAGUGAAAGAAAUAGCGAUGAGGACAGCAGCAGCUGCAGUUCCAUAGACAGCAGCGAAUUUUCCAGCGACGAGGUCUGCUAUGAGGACGAUGUCAACGAAGAAGACAUCAAGAAGUUAUAUUAAACAGUGAUUUAUUUAGCCAAAGCACAGCCAGUAACCCAUAUAAGUAACUCAUAUAACCCAUAUUAGAUAUUUCAAGUUAUAAUAAAGUGCUCCGGAGGCC